AGGGGUAGAAUAGAUAGAGGGGAUUAAAAGUACACUUAUCUAGAUGAGUACUGAGAAAUGCAUAGAAUUAUUGAAUUAUUAUACUGUACACCUGAAACUAAUAUAACACUGUAUGUUAAUUAUACUUCAAUUAAAAAAGUAACACAAAAAUAUACAAAAUGCAAUAUUGCAGUGUCAGAAAAAGAAAAAAAAACAACUCAGUAGCUGGCAAAGCCAAUGCUGAGGAAAAAUAAAAUAUUAGCAUUGGCAGAGUAAUACUUAUUAGGAGACUUAUUAGGAUUAAGAGAGUUGUAUCUCUUGCAAAGUCUAGUUCUAAAACUCUAAAGGUUCUGAGAUAAUUUGGAAUACCACAUUCUUAAGUCAAGCUAAAUUGAUCAAUUAACAGAAAAAGCCUUGGACUGGGAAAAACCAGGUCCUCAGUGUUCUGACUUGGGUACUUUUUGCUAUAGGGCCUUAGGAAAAUACUUCCCCUCUCUAGGCCUCCAUUUUACCAGAGACGGUCAGGUGAAAUGAUUUCUAGGGCCUUCUGUAUCACAAAACCAAAAAAGUAAAAGUAAAUUUACCUUUCUAAUUGAUUGGCAGGAGCUCUUUAUUAUAAAUAUUAACCCUUUGUUAUAUGUUAUAAAUUCCCCUAUUGUUUCUUGUAUACCCAGCAUUACAUUAGAAGUUUCAGAUUAGCCAAAGAGGUGAUUGAUCAUUUACUUCACAAAGGGAAUAGGUGUUAACUAGUGUAUUUUGAACAUUUCCCAGGUUGCUUUAUGUGUAUCAACACGUUGAGUUUUCAACAACUUUAAGUGGGUAGAUACUCUUACCAGAUGAAAAAACUGAGGCACUGUGAAUUUAAGUUUUCUGCCCAGGAUCUCAUAAUGGGGGAAGAGGUGGGAUUCCAUUCAGGUAGUAUGGCUCCCCAGCCCAUUUCUGUUAACCACUGUGAUUCACUGCCUCAGUAAAUUCAUUUAGAUGGGCAGGCUCCAAAAUGUAUUGAAGGUUUGGAUUGAUUUAUACACAACUAGAGGGAAUAUAACCUUUGUAUAGACUAGGAUACUGAGAAUAAACUUUUAGGGAACUUCUUAAAAGGCGAAGUGCAGCCAAGAACAUUGGAGGAAAGGGAUUAGAGAUUUCUAUACCCAAAAGCUUGUUCCUGUGUAGCCUAGUUCAAUGGAAGAAAGUUGAGAUUCCUUGUAGCCAAUCAUUGGAGGUUCAUCAGGGGGUGGGAAUGUUGCAAAAGAAUGAAGUAAGAGUACACUUGGACAUAUUCCAGGUACGCUGUGUCAUUACAUGAGCUCUUCCCCCCAGGGGAAGGUAAAGUAGACACAUCUGGGUGGGAUGGCUCUGCCCUAUGGACUUGUCCUACUUUGAGGUCAUUGCUCCCUGCUCCCCACACUCAGCCUGCUGCAGCCUUCACCCUAAGCCUCCAUCUCCUCAACUUGGUAUGAAGAACUGUAGUCAGAUCAUGAGGCCUUUCUUCCUAGGGCACCUAAUGGCAGCUGGCAGCCAUGUGUGCAGUGCUUACUAUCUCUCCCCACAGAAAUGGCUACAUUUACUUCUCUUUCCAAGGUGUCAGGUUUACUCUAAUUUAUUUAGCCUUGGCUGGGGAGAACAUAAAGAUGAUCAGAUGGUGCCCAUCUCUCCCAAGAGUGACCCCAAGCAGCACAUUUUAGGAGGGAGAGGCCCUGUGGUAGGAAAGGCAGCAGAAUUCAGGGGAAGACAACCGUCGCAAUAACAUUUUGGGUGGGGGGAAACAGUGAGACAAUGAACCUUCCACUUCCACUUCUGGUUUUUGAUUGCUAGCUCAAAAGUACAUUUUUCAGUAGGGAUUUUGUUUGUACUUGAGAACCUUGAAUUUCUGAUGUGGAUCUCUGUUUCUGGGUUAGAACUUGACAUUAUACUUGGGCCCUUUUUUUUUUUUUCAAAGCUGUGAAAGCGGCUGAGACCUGCCUCCAUCACCUUUACCUUUUCCACCCCACACAGGAUAUAAGCACAUGAUCUUUGGUCUUUUAUUUGCAUGUUCUACUAGUCCUGUCUUCAUUGGAGGGAAGUAACUGGCCAGACCUAGGCUGUCUUGCUGGCUGCCUUCCUUGCUGGGCUCCAACUUAUCUCCUAUGUACACAGCCCUUGGAGUUCAGAGGCCUCUGCUGACCUCUGCCCAACCUCUCUCUCUGCACCCAAGCCCCCACUGGUAUAUACAGGCACAGAGGCAGGCAAGUCAGGCAAGGACUAGGAAAGAGGAGAGGGGGCUGGAGACAGGCUGCCAGAGGGCUCAGAAGCCCAGUGCACCUGCCUGUCCCAACUCUGUCCACCUGCUGCUGUGGCCACAUUAACAGAAGAGACAGCUAGUAAGACAGGAAGUGAGGCCCAGUACCUUGUGGACAGUGGUGUCAUUAGCUGCGACACCUAAGAUGUCUCAAGAGAUGGGAGAGCUCACCCAAAACAGGUUGCAGAAGAUCUGGAUUCCACACAGCAGUGGCAGCAGCCGGCUACAGCGGAGGAGGGGCUCAUCAAUACCCCAGUUUACCAAUUCCCCCACAAUGGUGAUCAUGGUGGGUUUACCAGCUCGAGGAAAGACCUACAUCUCCACGAAGCUCACAAGAUAUCUCAACUGGAUAGGAACACCGACUAAAGUGUUUAAUUUAGGCCAGUACCGACGAGAGGCAGUGAGCUACAAGAACUAUGAAUUUUUUCUUCCAGACAACAUGGAGGCCCUACAUAUCAGGAAGCAGUGUGCCCUGGCAGCCCUGAAGGAUGUCCAUGACUAUCUCAGCCAUGAGGAAGGUCAUGUUGCGGUUUUUGAUGCCACCAACACUACCAGAGAACGACGGUCACUAAUUCUGCAGUUUGCUAAGGAACAUGGUUACAAGGUCUUUUUCAUUGAGUCCAUCUGUAAUGACCCUGGCAUUAUUGCAGAAAACAUCAGGCAAGUAAAACUUGGCAGCCCUGAUUACAUAGACUGUGACAGGGAAAAGGUUCUGGAAGACUUUCUAAAGAGAAUUGAAUGCUAUAAGGUCAACUACCAACCCUUGGAUGAUGAACUGGACAGCUGCCCUUGCUCCUGCUUGGGCUGGCCCAGCCACCUAUCCUACAUCAAGAUCUUCGAUGUGGGCACACGCUACAUGGUGAACCGAGUGCAGGACCACAUCCAGAGCCGCACAGUCUACUAUCUCAUGAACAUCCACGUCACACCCCGCUCCAUCUAUCUGUGCCGGCACGGUGAGAGUGAACUCAACCUCAGAGGCCGCAUCGGAGGUGACUCUGGUCUCUCAGCUCGGGGCAAGCAGUACGCCUAUGCCCUGGCUAACUUCAUUCAGUCCCAGGGCAUCAGCUCCCUGAAGGUGUGGACCAGCCACAUGAAGAGGACUAUCCAGACAGCUGAGGCCCUGGGUGUUCCCUACGAGCAGUGGAAGGCCCUGAACGAAAUUGAUGCGGGUGUCUGUGAGGAGAUGACCUAUGAAGAAAUCCAGGAACACUAUCCUGAAGAAUUUGCACUACGGGACCAAGAUAAAUAUCGCUACCGCUAUCCCAAGGGAGAGAAUUCUGCUCCUGAGAUUUUACACCUAUAUUUAAGUUAUAUAAUGUUUCAUUCUUUCUUAAUUUUUUUAAUUUAAAUUCAAUUUAAUGAGGAGGGGAAAGAUGGCGGAGGAGUAGGGGACCCUAUUUCAACUGGUCCCCGAAAUUGAGUUGGAUAACUACCAGACCACUCUGAGCACCCACGAAACCAGCCUGAGAUGUAAGAAGAUCUGGAUCUCUACAAACAGAAUAUCACAGGCAGUUGGUUUUGAGGUACAAAGCUGAGAGCCCUGAUCCUGCAGGCAGAUAUCGGAGGAUAAACGGCGGCGGGAGGGUGCCUGGACGUGGGGAUCCUACACCGCCGGUGAGUGACAGCCUCGCGCGCUGCAGACGGGGCACAGACUUGCAGACCGGUAGCGCGGGGAAUGAACUUUAGGGCAGCCCCCGGGGUGGAAAACCAGACCGGCGGGGUCACGCGCACGCGAACUGCAGCACCCCCCCCCCCAUAGAAACCGGAACGAUGAUAGCGCACAUACGAACUGCAUCCCCCCUGACAGAAACCGAAGCGACGGUCGCACGCACGCGAACUGCAGCCUCCGAGACGGAAACCCGGUGCACCAGGGUCGUGCUGGUGAAGUGCAACCCUGGGGGUGGAAACCCCAAGCGGCGGAGUUCCGUGCACACGAAUUGGGAGCAGCUGGUGGUUUUAGAAGCACAAAGGGCAGAGAGGUGCCCAGACCUGGAGGCAGGACUGGGAGCGCUGCGGAGAGGCGCAAAAUCCAGGACGCUGCAGUUUAUAGCAGCAUGGACAGAAACGGAGAUGGUGUGGGCUGGAGAGCUCACUGAAGAACAGACUGAGGUCUCUCUGCUCUGAGGCAGAGGGUUGGAAACAGUCUCUUCUGCUCUGACUCAUGGAAGAGAUGCAGAAAGCCGCCAGGGAAAGGCGCCAGAGAACGAAAGCCCCCACAACUGGUUCCCACUGAGCCCAUUCCCCGCCACAGGGACACAGGGCAACUCUGCCCAAACAGGGUUGCCUGAAUAACAGCGUGGCAGGCCCCUCCCACAGAGGACAGGCUGGGAAAACAAGAGGCCAGCAACCCUAAGGUCCCAAGAAAACAGGUGCAUCUUGCUUGGGUUCUGGUCAAUAAUUUGGACUCUAUACAUUCCAUCAACCACCCAUCAACAGAAUGACUAGGAGGAGGAGCCCCCAAAACAGAAAAGACUCAGAGAUUAUGACUUAUGCUGAAAAUUUACAAAUGGAUGCAGACAUAACCAAGAUGUCAGAGAUGGAAUUCAGGCUAGCAAUUGUGAAGACAAUGGCUAGAAUGCAGAAAUCAAUUAAUGGCAACAUAGAGUCUCUAAGGGCAGAAAUAAAAGGUGAAUUGGCAGAACUUAAAAAUGCUAUCAAUGAGAUCCAAUCCAAUCUAGAUAAUCUAACAGCUAGGGUAACUGAGACAGAAGAGAGAAUAAGCGAUCUGGAAGACAGUAUAAUAGAUAAAAAGGGAAAAGAGGAGGCCAGGGGAAAACAACUCAGAAUCCAGGAAAAUAGAAUCAGAGAAAUAAGUGACACCAUGAGGCAUUCCAAUGUCAGAAUCAUUGGAAUCCCGGAGGGAGUGGAGAGAGAGAGAGGGCUAGAAGAUGUAUUUGAGCAAAUCAUAGCUGAGAAGUUUCCUAAUCUGGGGAAUGAAACAAACAUUCGAGUCCUAGAGGCAGAGAGGACCCCUCUUAAGAUCAAGGAAAACAGACCAACACCCUGGCAUGUAAUAGUAAAACUUGCAAAUCUUAGAACCAAGGAAACCAUCUUAAGGGCAGUUAGGGGGAAGAGAUUCCUUACGUACAGAGGAGGAACAUCAGAAUAACGUCAGACCUAUCCACAGAGACCUGGAAAGCCAGAAAGGCCUGGCAAGACAUAUUCAGGGUACUAAAUGAGAAGAACAUGCAGCCAAAAAUACUUUGUUCGGCAAGGCUUUCAUUUAGAAUGGAUGGAGGGAUGCAGAGCUUCCAUGACCAGCAGAAGUUGAAAGAAUAUGUGACCAGUAAGCCGGCCCUGCAAGAAAUAUUCAGGGGGGUUCUAUAAAAGAAGAAAGACCCCAAGAGUGAUCUACAACAGAAAUUUACAGGGACAAUCUAUAAAAACAACGUCUUCACAGGCAACAUGAUGACAAUUAAUUCAUAUCUUUCAAUAAUCACUCUCAACGUGAAUGGCCUAAAUGCUCCCAUAAAACAGCACAGGGUUGCAGAUUGGAUAAAAAGACAGGACCCAUCCAUAUGCUGUCUACAAGAGACUCAUUUUGAACCUAAAGAUACAUCCAGACUGAAAGUGAAGGGAUGGAGAUCUAUCUUCCAUGCCAGCGGACCUCAAAAGAAAGCUGGGGUAGCAAUUCUUAUAUCAGACAAAUUAGAUUUUAAACUGAAGUCUGUAAUAAGAGACACAGAAGGAUACUAUAUCAUUCUUAAAGGGUCUAUCCAACAAGAAGAUCUAACAAUUGUAAAUAUCUAUGCCCGCAACAUGGGAGCAGCCAUCUACAUAAGCCAACUGUUCACCAAAAUAGUCAUAUUGAUAACAAUACGUUAAUUGUAGGAGACAUCAAUACUCCACUCUCAGCAAUGGACAGAUCAUCUAAGCAGAAAAUCAACAAGGAAUCAAGAGCUUUGAAUGAUACAUUGGACCAGAUGGACCUCAUAGAUAUUUACAGAACAUUCCACCCUAAAAAAACAGAAUACUCCUUCCCGAGCACACAUGGAACUUUCUCCAGAAUAGACCAUAUACUGAGUCACAAAUCACGUCUCAACCGAUACCAAAAGAUUGAGAUUAUUCCCUACAUAUUCUCAGAGCACAAUGCUCUAAAACUGGAAUUCAAUCACAAGAAAAUUUUGGCAGAAAUUCAAACACUUGGUAGCUAAAGACCACUCUGCUAAGACUAUUUGGGUCAACCAAGAAAUCAAAGAAGAACUUAAACAAUUCAUGGAAAUCAAUGAGAGCGAAAACACAUCGGUCCAAAACCUAUGGGAUACUGCAAAGGCAGUCCUAAGGGGGAAAUACAGAACCAUCCAAGCCUCACUCAAAAAAAUAGAAAAAUCCCGAAUUCACCAACUAACUCUACACCUUAAAGAACUAGAGAAAAAGCAACAAACAAUGCCUAAGCCAUGCAUUAGAAGAGAAAUAAUGAAAAUUAGAGCAGAAAUCAAUGAAUUAGAAACCAGAAACACAGUAGAUCAGAUCAACGAAACUAGAAGUUGGUUCUUUGAAAGAAUUAAUAAGAUUGAUAAACCACUGGCCAGAUUUAUCCAAAAAAAGAGAGAAAGGACCCAAAUUAAUAAAAUUAUGAAUGAAAGGGGAGAGAUCACCACUAACACCAAGGAAAUAGAAACAAUUAUUAGAAAUUAUUAUCAACAACUAUAUGCCAAGAAACUGAGCCAUCUGGAUGAAAUGGAGGCUUUCCUGGAAACCUAUAAGCUGCCAAGACUGAAACAGGAAGAAAUUGACAACCUGAAUAGGCCAAUAACCAGUAACGAGAUUGAAGCAGUGAUCCAAAACCUCCCAAAACACAAGAGUCCAGGGCCUGAUGGAUUCCCUGGGGAAUUCUACCAAACAUUCAAAGAAAAAAUAAUACUUAUUCUACUGAAGCUGUUUCAAAAAAUAGAAACAGAAGAAAAACUUCCAAACUCAUUCUAUGAGGCCAGCAUUACCUUAAUCCCCAAACCAGGCAAAGACCCCAUCAAAAAAGAGAAUUUCAGACCGAUAUCCCUGAUGAAUAUGGAUUCCAAAAUCCUCAACAAAGUCCUAGCUAAUAGGAUCCAACAAUACAUUAAAAAGAUCAUCUACCACGACCAAGUGGGAUUUAUCCCCGGGAUGCAAGGGUGGUUCAACAUUCGCAAAUCAAUCAGUGUGAUAGAACACAUUAAUAAGAGGAGAGAGAAGAACCAUAUGGUCCUCUCAAUUGAUGCAGAAAAAGCAUUUGACAAAAUACAACAUCCUUUCCUGAUUAAAACUCUCCAGAGUAUAGGGAUGGAGGGAACAUUCCUCAAGUUCAUAAAAUCCAUCUAUGAAAAACCCACAGCGAAUAUCAUCCUCAAUGGGGAAAAGCUGAGAGCCUUUCCCUUAAGAUCAGGAACACGUCAAGGGUGCCCACUCUUCACUACUGUUGUUCAACAUAGUACUAGCAGUCCUAGCAACAGCAAUCAGACAACAAAAAGAAAUAAAAGGUAUUCAAAUUGGCAAAGAAGAAGUCAAACUCUUUCCUUUUGCAGAGGACAUGAUACUUUAUGUGGAAAACCCAAAAGACUCCACCCCCAAAUUACUAGAACUCAUCCAGCAAUUCAGUAAUGUGGCAGGAUACAAAAUCAAUGCUCAGAAAUCAGUUGCUUUCUUAUACACUAACAACGCAACUGUAGAAAGAGAAAUUAAAGAAACAAUUCCAUUUACAAUAGCACCAAAAACUAUAAGAUACCUCGGAAUAAACCUAACCAAAGAGGUAAAGGAUCUAUAAUCUAGGAACUACAGAACACUCAUGAAAGAAAUUGAAGAAGACACAAAAAGAUGGAAAACUAUUCCAUGCUCAUGGAUCAGAAGAAUAAACAUUGUUAAAAUGUCUAUGCUACCCAGAGCAAUCUAUACCUUCAAUGCCAUCCCGAUCAAAAUUCCAAUGACAUUUUUCAAAGUGCUGGAACAAACAAUCCUAAAAUUUGUAUGGAAUCAGAAAAGACCCCGAAUCGCCAAGGAGAUAUUGAAAAAGAAAAAUAAAGCUGGGGGCAUCACGUACCCCAAUUUCAAGCUAUAUUACAAAUCAGUGAUCACCAAGACAGCAUGGUACUGGCACAAAAACAGACA